CACCGUGCCUCCAAAAACCAGCACCAGUCCACCGACUCUGAGAUUCCCAGUCUCGGAUUUCAGGUGCUUGAUCUCCCAGUGCUGUUUGUCAUUACUGGGUUUCCACUGACAGAGUGCGGUUCAGUCAAGGCUCUCCUAUUGACUGUGCACUGGAUUGAACAGCAAGUGUAAUAAUAUGACAGAGCACUGAGUCAGUGCGUGUCAAGCCUAAGAGGAAGGACUUGACUGGGGGGUUGGGAGGGCAAAAGCAAAUCUUUUGACCCCGGCCAUCAUCCUCUGACAAACCGGAGCGCAGAACCACAGCACCGACUCUCGGUCUUCUUCAUCGAAAUCUCUCAACGCAUUUGAACCCAAAUUAUGCCCGGGAUGUGACGAAUCCAUUCCUGAAUCGAGAGAUCAGUUUAUUGGAGUCGAGUCUCGUGUGUUUUUAUUGCUCAGUCAUUCAGCGCGUGGUGCGCGGCUUUGACAACAUGGAGAGUGUGGAGAAGGAGUGCGGCGCCCUGGGUGGAUUAUUCCAGGCGAUCGUCAACGAUAUGAAGAACUCAUACCCAGUGUGGGAGGACUUCAGUGCCAAGGCCACAAAGCUACACUCGCAACUCAGGACCACGGUACUGGCAAUGGCUGCUUUCCUGGAUGCAUUUCAGAAGGUGGCAGACAUGGCAACAAAUACAAGAGGUGCUACCAGGGACAUCGGUUCUGCCCUGACCCGAAUGUGCAUGCGCCACCGCAGCAUUGAGGCCAAACUGCGACACUUCACCAAUGCUCUUAUGGAGAAACUGGUCACACCACUCCAAGACAAGAUAGAAGAGUGGAAGAAGACAGCUGCUCUUCUAGAUAAAGAUCAUGCCAAAGAAUACAAACGGUCUCGACAGGAGAUCAAGAAGAAGUCCUCUGAUACUCUGAAGCUACAGAAAAAAGCCCGGAAAGGUCGAGGAGGUUUGCAGCCUCAGUUGGACAGUGCUAUGCAGGAUGUGAGUGACAUGUACUUGCUGAUGGAGGAGACGGAGAAGCAAGCCGUGCGCCGAGCCCUCCUCGAAGAGAGGGGCCGCUACUGCAACUUCAUUAGCUUCUUUCAGCCUGUAGUGAAUGGAGAGAUCUCUAUGCUGGGAGAGGUUACUCAUCUCCAGGCCAUUAUGGAUGAUCUUUCUGUGCUGACCACUGAUCCACAUAAACUGCCAGAGGCCAGUGAACAGGUUAUUCUGGACUUGAAGGGUUCUGACUACAGCUGGUCCUACCAGACUCCCCCCUCCUCCCCAAGCAGUACUGGCUCCAGGAAGAGCAGCCUGUGCAGUUUGGUGCAUUUACCACCAGGUGGCGCUCAUCGCCUGAGCAGCGUCUCCUCGCAUGAUUCUGGAUUCAUCUCUCAUGAUGCCAGCAUGCACUCCAAACCUCCUUCUCCCAUGCCAUCAGACAUUACCAGCCAGAAAUCAUCCAGCUCUGCGUCCUCUGAAGCAUCAGAGACUUGUCAAUCUGUAAGCGAGUGUGGCUCUCCCAUAGCAUUUGGCUCGUCCUUUACUACUUUCCACCUUGCUCACACUUACAAUGGCUCCAUCAGACCUCUCCCCUUAAUAUCCUUUAAUCAUUCCCCUGGAUCACACUCCCCCUCACCCACAACCAAAGUUCAUCACUGGAAGCAAGACUGGUCGAAAGUACCUCACUAUGAGCAGCAGGGGGUGGCACAGCAACGCAGGAGUGAAACCGUGGAGUCCCCUAGUGGAGCAAGAGGAUCUCUGCACCCAGAGGACCCAUACAGGACUAGAGUGAAUCCUACGAACAUCAGUGCCAAGCACGGGAAACCAAUGAUGUCUGCAGCCAGUGAGCUUGCCAUGGUUCUGACACGUGGUCUGAGUAUGGAGCAGCAGAAGAGCAGCUGUGACUCCCUUCAGUAUUCGAGUGGAUACAGCACACAGAACACCACUCCAUCCUGCUCUGAGGAUACGAUCCCCUCACAUGUUUCCGACUAUGACAGCUACUCAGUGAAUGGGGAUGUCGACUGUGAUGCUCAGUCAGACUUCGACAAAUCUUCUACUGUCCCUCGGAACAGCAAUCUGGCCCAGAAUUACCGUCGCAUGAUUCAGACCAAGAGACCUGCAAGCACCGCGGGGCUUCCUGGAGGUGUAGGUGCCCAUGGUGCGCCUGGAUCCAAUGGCAAAGGAGGAGGGGGAUCUGCCAUAUCUUCUGGUACAGCCACCAUUCGUCGGACCCCAUCCUCCAAAACUGGCGUGAGACGCACCCCGUCUAACGUGGGUCCAAUUCACAUCCGUCCUCCUAUCGUUCCAGUCAAGACACCAACUGUGCCAGACUCGCCUGGCUUCCCCAGCCCUCCCCCAGAUCACAAUGGCAGUGAGGAAAGCUUGUACAAUGAGGAAUCUCUGGAGAACCUGGAGUUCAAAGCUUCGCCAAAGCGGAUGAGCCUGCCUAACCCAGUGGCUUGGGGCACAGGCACUGGGAUGCGUGUUCAUGUCCAGCACCCUGGAGCUAUGCCUCUCAGCACAGUGGAGGACCAGCUUCUGGCUGCCAAUCGCCACAGCCUGGUAGAGAAGAUUGGUGAGCUGGUGGCUAGUGCCCAUGCUCUUGGAGAUGGCCAGUUCCCAUUUCCGACAGAUGCCCAGGCUGGUCUAGGAUGCCAGCAAGACCCAGCACCCCUCUCAGAAGGUGACGAUAUUUUGAAAUCCAUCCGCAGAGGAGUGCGUCUCAGGAAAACGGUCUGUAAUGACAGGUCAGCACCCAGGAUCAUGCGAUAGCUUCACUGAGAUCUCAAUGAAGAUUCUGCACAAAGAAGAAUGCUUGUGUGUGUAUAUUAAACUGUUAAAAAUCAAUUGUGCAUAUUAAAUUACAAACAACUGGUGUCUAACAAAGGCAAGCCAGUGUAAUGUGAUGUAUAAAUGAGCACAAUUUCUGUAUGGACUAUUGAAGUUGGUAGGAAUACUACCAUCUAUUGGAAAGACAGACUAUAAUAAACUUACAGCUUAAGAGAUGAGAAUAUGUUCAAAGUACAUAUUAACAAUCUAGUCAUGUCCGGUAUCCUUUUCUGAGUUUUGAUUUGUAAUUACUAUGUUAAUCAUAUGUUAUUCAGCUGUAACUGACGUAAAGUGAAUUUGACUAAUUUCCUUUCUCCUUGGGUAAUGGCUUUGUAAAAACAAAAAAAAAAAACCCAAAGUGUCUUCUUGUUGUUCAAAAAGCUGUUGUGUUAAACAGCACCAACGUAGCCUACUCAUACUCACAGGGACCACAAGAACAAAGUACUGUGUAUAUACUGUAAACUGCCAAAUAAAACAAUUCAAGUGUA